ACUAACGACUCUAGAAAUCUAGUGUCUCUUUAAAACAAAGGUUUAAGCAUUUUUUAUUAGUGUGUGCACACUGAAUAUAAAAGACGCAAAGCCUCUGUUACACUACCCACCGUCGACAUGAUAUUUCAGUCCGAGAAAACAUUCUACAGGCCACUUUUGUUUUGGUAAUUCUGCUGCAUUCCACCUAUUAAUAUACGAUGCUGAAUUUCUUCUGCUCACAAACAAGUUCCUUCUUUAAAAAUCCAUUACCCAUUUCUUCACCGAAAUGGAUGACCAGUUUCAGCCAUGCACAAGCACACCUAUCGCCUAUCUCGUCAUGGGUUCCUCCUGUUCAUUCAAGAAAACAAUCACGAAAAAGGGCUCUGGAGGCUUCCAUUGGUUUGGAGGCACAAAUAGAACCAGAAGAGGUGGAUUUGCAUAUCAGCGAAGGGAAGCUUCUGAGUGAAUUGAGCACGUGGGGUAUUGGAGGGCCUGCAAAGUACUUUGUCGAGGUGAACAGUGAAACCCAUCUGCUCUCUGCAUUUAGAUAUUGUCAAAAGCAUAAUUUACGCUUCUUUAUUCUUGGGAGAGGCUCCAAUUGUCUCUUUGAUGAUCGUGGCUUUGAUGGUUGCAUAAUUCUUAAUCAGAUAGAUUUUGUUGAAAAAAUAUUUCCAGCUACCUAUCGAGUUGGGAGUGGUUAUGCAUUUAAUCAGUUGGGUUUACAGUGCUCAAAGGAUGGGUUAACAGGACUUGAGUUUGGUACUGGUAUACCUGGGACUGUUGGGGGUGCAGUGUAUAUGAACGCGGGAGCAGGUGGACAGGAGACUGCAGAUGUUCUGAAAUCUGUGGAGAUUAUAAUGGUUGAUGGAAGGAGAAAGACAUUCCGAAGAUCCGAACUCAUUUUCAGCUAUCGCAAAUCUCCUUUCCAGCAUAUGCAGAACUUUGUGGCCAUUGUCUCUGCGACAUUUGAGCUAGCAUCUCUUUCAUCUUCAAGAGAACGCCAAAAAUUAUACUUGGAGAGCAGAAGAAAUAAGACACAACCAAUUGGUGAGCGCAGUGCUGGCUGUGUCUUCCGCAACCCUACAACAACUUCUCUGUCUGCUGGAGCUGUGAUUGAGCAAGCAGGACUGAAAGGUGUGAUGGUGGGUGGUGCAAAAGUUUCAGAAAUGCAUGCCAAUUUUUUUAUCAAUGUUGGGAACUCAACUUCUGCAGACAUGUGUUCCUUGAUAAAUAUUGUCAAAGAGCAGGUGCGGCAGAAACUUGGAGUUGACCUUCAAGAGGAAAUAUUGUAUGUGCCGUAUAAUUAGAGAAAGAUUGAUUUGUAUCUUGGAGCAAACCAAUCUUGUAAUAAUUAUUAACAUGUAUAAUUCCAAUUUCCAAUAACAAGGGUGGUCAGUGUGUGCAGCCUUCAGGUAGAUGAUACAUGUAAUGCAAUUGUCUAUUAUGUAAAACUAAGCUUGAUAAUAAUUAGGUGCUUCUUUA